GUCGGGGCGAGUCUCGAGAGGCGAUAGUCGGCGUGCGACCGCGCGCGAGUCAACAGCGCCGAAGCGGCUGCAUCAGUCGUUUGAAUAUUAUUAUGUGCAGUUGCGACUGGAAGCAUUUCACAGUGACUCGUUGUUUAUUCGCCGAGUGCGAAGUUUGUCGCUGUUUGCAGGACACAGUGGCACAAUGUCGGAAAGGUGAGGCAACAAGAAUUUCAAGAAUAUAAACAAACGAACGAAAAACUAAAGAUGGAUCACCGGACGGGUAACGACACGAUCCUCCUAGUCCAGGCGACGGAUCACCCGAUCCAAUUCCCUCGGUCGGUGACGAUUUUCGCCGCCGCCUGUGCCAUACUCUUCAGCAUCGUCGGCGUCGUCGGCAACCUCGUAACAGUGAUAGCCUUGUUGCGGUACGCCCGGUUGAGGCGGCACGCCACGACGGCUUUCGUAAUAAGCCUCAGCGUCUCGGACCUGAUCUUCGCCGCCGUCAACCUGCCGCUCACCGCCAGCCGAUACCUCAACGAGGCCUGGGUCCUGGGCGAGACUCUGUGCCAGGUAUUCCCGCUCUUUUUCUACGGCAACGUUGCUGUCUCGCUGCUCAGCAUGGUCGCCAUCACCAUUAAUAGGUACGUCUUGAUCUCACGAGCGGAGAUCUACGCGCAGAUCUACACCCGUCGAGGGAUCACCCUCAUGCUCAUCGCCAUCUGGACGCUGAGCUUCUCCCUCCUGAUCCCGCCUCUCCUGGGAGUCUGGGGCACCUUGGGACUGGACCCGGCGACGUUCUCCUGCACGAUCCUUAAGAAGGACGGCAAGAGUCCGAAGAAACUGCUGUUCGUCGUGGGCUUCCUCGUUCCCUGUCUCGUCAUCAUCGUCUCGUACCUCUGCAUCUACUGGAAGGUCCGCACCAGUCGCAAGAACCUCGAGGCGCACACCGGUGGAGCUAGACGCAAAAAGACGGGCUUUCAGCGCAGGGAAGACUCGAGGGUCACCAGGCUCAUGCUCACGAUAUUCCUCUGCUUCCUCCUGUGCUUUCUGCCUCUCAUGCUGGCCAACGUCAUCGACGACCAGAUUAAGAUCCCAGUCCUCCACGUGGUGGCGUCCCUUUUAGCCUGGGCGUCCUCGGUCGUCAAUCCCUUCAUCUACGCCGGAACGAACAAACUGUACCGCGAGGCGUACAGGCAGUUGCUUUGUUGCGGCUCGAAGAAGAGCAAGAACGGGAAAAUCGAUGGUCCCAUCAACGGCGGCGGCCAGGGCAGAGCCAUUCACUCGCACUCCAGCAAGAUGUCUUCGCAGCCCACUUGAGUUUCCGGGAACGCAUCUUCUGCGACGAUCAUCUGCAAAGAGUUGUCAAGUUAAGCUCUCUGCAUCGAAGCGUGACACGCUAUGUAUAGGCUUUUUACACUCACCUUUUUUGUCAUCCGCGCGUGUACGAAGAAGCGGCUCGAAACGAAGCAAUUGGAGCUUUCUCAGUAGAGUCGAGAGGAUCGGGCUCGAUCGCUUGAUUGAAACAAUUAGGACUUGUUGCGGGGAAAUUUCGCUCCGCUGCUGAUCGACUUUAGUCAUUCCAAAAGACGAUGUAGUGUGCUUUUUACGCGCUGCGCCUGAAUUUCGGACUCGCGGGAUAAUACGUGCGCUUGUGUACGUAUGCAUAUGUGUGCGCGCGUGUGUGUGUGAGAGAGGGAUCACGAGUCAUUGCUUUCGUAGUAGCUUCAGCGGCGACGAGUUUUUACCUACUGUUAGACUUUUUUUACACUUUUGAUACUAGCUGACUCACCAGGUCGUUGUAAAAAUAGUUAUGGUCGCUCGUGUAAAUUUUUUUAGUUCUUAAGCUGACUUUCUAUCUAGAUGUGUCAAAGUUUUAGUAUAUUGUUACUUGUGUACGUAUUUAUUACCUCUGAAAACUCAGUCAAUUAACCAAGGUGUCACUUUAUGCCAAAGUAUAAACCCGGUUGAGAAUCAUCGGAUCAAAGAUGAGAAGGAACUUUGUUUUUACGAAUAAUAAUGUAAAUUUUAAUGCAUUAAUUAAUUGUACGUGUAAACAGAAAUAUUUCACAUUAGUAGUUUGUAUCAAUUCACCAUAGGUGAACGACGAUUACAUCGUUAUUUACACAUGUGAGAGUAAAAAUACAUUGGUUCUGAUAAGUGCUUUGAUCUAUUUACAAAUUCAAAGGCUUUCUUGACGCGUGUCUACGACAGUUCUUCUUUCGAUCUUUGUAUCCAACGCCAAAGCUCAAAUGUAAUUGUACUAUUUGUUCUGCGCAUGAAUUGUGGUACGAUUGAUCUAUGAUAAUAAUUCAUCUAUUGUAAAUCACUGAUAUUUUUCUAUUUUGUACUUUCGUGGCUCCGUCGGAUGUAUAUGUAUAAUUGCGUGACAAAGUCACCGAAAGUUUUUAAUGAUCAUUAAGGCAUCGAUGAUACUAAUCGAUCUAAAAUACAGAGAUUAUAUUUCUUAAUGCACAUUGAUUUCACUCAUUAUUUGUCCCUUCAAGUUUAAAAUUGUAGUUCAACAGCAAAGUCUCGAUUGGCGAAAAAUACUGUCGAUGCUUCAUUAGGAAACGUGAUCAUUAUUAGUCGAUAAUUGUCAAGUAUAAAAAUUUGUAGCUAUUUUGAAUAUUUUUAAAAAGAUAGCAGAAGCUGCCGUAUUGUACAAAUGCAUCGUUAAUAUCUACGAAUAGUUUUGGUUAUCCAAAAGAAUAACAUUGCCUAACAGUACGUCUUUCGAAAUAUAAAUCAGUCUAUGAAUAUUUCUUCUUCAAAUUUGAUCUGCAGUAAAACUUAAAAUUAAAAUAAAAAA